UAUUCAUUUCAAUAUCUUUGGCUCUCUUUGUAGCUAUUUACGUUCUCUCUCUCUCUCUCUCUCUCUCUCUCUCUUGUUUGAAAACCACUUUUUUUCUUCAUCCCCACCGUAAACCACCAACACCGGUCAUCUUCUGAGCAGAUCUACAUCUUUCCGGCGACCUUUACUUAACAAAAAUUAUAUAUUAUUCAUCAGCUCGCCCUCCUCUAUCUUUCCAUCAAAUUAGAUUUUCAAAAGGAAAUAACUUGAUAAUUUCACAUUUUUAUAAAUCAGAGCCACCAUUGACAACCUUUGGAUGCACCACCACCACCACUAAACUAAUCACUCCCUCCUUUAUAUGACACUUUUAUUUUUAUGAUCUAUCAAUUUAAUUUUUUUCAGACCGCCGGCUUUAGAGGCCAUUUCCGGCAACUUCGACGUUGCUUUGUGAAAACAAAUAUUGGAUCUGCACUCUUGACCAGCUGAAUAACAAAAACCCCAAAGAAAAAUCAUGGUCUCACAAACUUCGUCGGAAACCACCGCACCACCACCGGCAGCCACCACACCAGAGUAUUAUCUUUCUUUUUCUUGAACAGAGAGAACACAAAGAGAAGCGAAAAUGGAGAUUCUUCUCCGAUCUCCGCCGUGACUUUUCUCCGAUCUACACCGCGCUUCUUCUUAUCUGCGGUUCAGCACGCGAAGCUGCCUCAGCACCUCGACACUCUCCGCCAUCUGAUCAAUUCCAAUUUUACCCUUCCUGUCACCGCCUCUCUUAAUCCUCACUUUCGGUUAAUCGAUUUCACAGCGUAAUGGUGAAAUCAUACAAACAAGAACACGUAUAUAACCAUCCAUGGGAACGAGUAACCUCAGCAUCAUGGCGAAAAUUCACCGAUGCUGAAAACAAGCGUGUUUUACCACACAUUCUAGAUUGCAAUACAUUGAACACCAGCCUUGAUUCAUCCUCCGGGAAGCUGUACGCUACGCGCGCGAUAACCGUUCGUUGUCCGUGGCUGGUACGUAGGAUUAUCGGUGAAGACAUUUGUCAUUGUGUUGAAUCAACAAUUGUGGAUGCAAAAUUGCGUUCGAUGCAGAUUUGUUAUAGGAAUAUUAGUAUGGAGAAGUUUAUUGAAGUGGAAGAGAAGACUAGGUAUGAUCCACAUCCGGAUAAUCCGAAUGGAUGGACUGUUUGUCGGCAGGAGACGAGGAUUCGGAUUAAGCCGUUGUCUGCUUUGGCUUCUAUGGCGGAGAAAGUUGAGCAGAGGUGUGCUGAUAGGUUUCUUCAAAAUAGUGCUAAGAGUAGAGAUGUUAUGGAGAGGAUUUGCAAAUAUCUUGAGGCUGAGUCUAGCUCAUUUUCUUUGUGAUUGUUUCUGAUAUAACUUUGGAUUUCAAUUAUCUGCAGACAAACCAAGAUCAGUUGACUCAUAUUACUCUCUAGUCUCCUGUUAGUGUUUGUUACUUAUUCUAAAGCAUUGAUUAUGAUUACAGGCACUGUUUUAAUAUAUUGGUAGUCGGAGGUGUAAGUGAUUAUAUGUGAUGGCUUAUCAGGUAUUUUUGAGAGAUAAACUUGUGAUUAUCUGGUUUUUUGUAUAACUUUGACAAUAAAUGUUAGUUUGUUUUCCAUGUUAAGUGUUAACACUCAAUAUUGACAGUGUGAAGAGUGGAAAUGAAGUUAUAGUUGAUUACUAAGUGUGUGGUUCAA